UUUAAUUUUUUUUAUUUCACCUUUAUUUAACCAGGUAGGCUAGUUGAGAACAAGUUCUCAUUUGCAACUGCGACCUGGCCAAGAUAAAGCAUAGCAGUGUGAACAGACAACAACACAGAGUUACACAUGGAGUAAACAAUAAACAAGUCAAUAACAUUGUAGAAAAAAAAGAGAAUCUAUAUACAAUGUGUGCAAAAGGCAUGAGGUAGGCAAUAAAUUGAAUAAUUACAAUUUAGCAGAUUAACACUGGAGUGAUAAAUCAUCAGAUGAUCAUGUGCAAGAAGAGAUACUGGUGUGCAAAAGAGCAGAAAAGUAAAUAAAUAAAAGCAGUAUGGGGGGUGAGGUAGGUAAAUUGGGUGGGUAGUUUACAGAUGGACUAUGUACAGCUGCAGCGAUCGGUUAGCUGCUCGGAUAGCAGAUUUUUGAAGUUGUUGAGGGAGAUAAAAGUCUCCAACUUCAGAGAUUUUUGCAAUUCGUUCCAGUCGCAGGCAGCAGAGAACUGGAAGGAAAGGCGUCCAAAUGAGGUUUUGGCUUUAGGGAUGAUCAGUGAGAUACACCUGCUGGAGCGCGUGCUACGGGUGGGUGUAGCCAUCGUGACCACAUAGGCGGAAAUCCCAGGGGGGACGGGGGGGACACGACCCCCCCAUCCUGGGAAAGAUAUGACUUGUCCCCCCCAAUAUAUCACUGUAAACAUAACUAUGUAAUUUCAAUAAUAUUAAUAAUACGCAAUGAAAGCACUUGUGCUGAUUAUAGACACUUAAUAGCGCGUUUUUAAGUUUCACAAGAUUGCGACCCCCCCGCCCUUUGCCUCACGAUGGUUUGAUCCACUGCCAGUUCUUUAGCUUGCAAGGUAAUAGAGGGUUCGUAUCUACUGUCCGAAAGGCACUCGAUGUACGUAACUGACGUGAGGCAGAGCAGGCAACAGAUGGCACACAGACAGCUGAGUUGGGGACAGAUAUGCAGGGACAGACUGACAGAGACAGGGAGUCUCAGGAGUCAGACUGUGAGUCAGUGAGGGUGGUGAAAGGGAAAGAGCCAAGGAGAGAGACUUCAGAGGACAGUGUCACAGCCACGGCAGGACCAGGUGUCACCCUUGUUGCCAGCAGCACCAGUAUAGGGGACAGUGGCACAGCAUCGUCCAGUUACCUCAGUGAUGGCACAAAACCAUAUCAGCCACACCCACAAUUUAUAGAACCGCAAACUCUUGCCAACAGAGUGUUGAUGUUUCAAGAGAGAUGGUUUCGCGAUUUCCCCUGGCUACAUUAUAAUCCAUCAAUAAAAGGAGUGUUGUGUUUUCACUGUAGCCAAGGGUUUUCAAGCCAGCCAUCUUUUGGCCAAAGAGCAGAUUCUGCCUUCAUUAGUGCAGGAUUUAGGAACUGGAGAAAAGCCAUUGAAAAAUUCACAGCACAUCAAAACUGCCAAACCCACCGCCACUUUGUAACUGUAACAGCACACCAGCUAAAUCCAAUCAGUGUCCAGUUAUCCAGCGCGUGGGGUAAACAGCAGGAGGACGCAAGGCAUUGCUUGAUGAAAAUUGUUAGUUCGGUGCGGCAUGUAGUAAGACAGGGACAAGCCUUUAGAGGCUACACGGAUGAAAGUGGGAAUUUAUACCAGCUUUUGAAACUCAGGGCAGAAGAGGAUGAUCCCAUUUUACUGAAGUGGUUAACAGAGCGUACCACAAUGUACACAGGCCCCAAAGCACAGAAUGAAAUUCUGAACAUGGCCAAUACAGUCAUUCGAGGCAUUGCAGCUGAGAUUAGGUCUCUUCCGAUUGUACAAUUUUCAUUAAUUGUUGAUGGUACUCAAGAUGUCUCUGGUGCUGAACAGGAGAGUGUCUGUCUGCGUUAUGUUGACCAUGACCUUGUUCCUCACGAGGACUCGCCUGUUGUCUCCGACACCCUGUCUCUGGUAUGCAGGCUGCAGUCGAGUGUGUGCGGUCAUCUCUUAGGGGCAAGAGAAAUGACGAAAGCUACCUUGCACUGUAUGAGAAAGCAACAACUUUGAUUGACUCUAUUGAAUCCAUUGAAUCCAUUGAGACGCACUCAAGACGAUUUGCUGGCAAAGCAUUGGAUCACUAUAGGGCAGAAUUUCUUUAAGUGUUGGAUGGUGUGGAGGUUCAGUUUGGCGACCGUUUUGACCAGGACAGUCUAAACGUCCUGCAAAAGUUGGAAAGAGCGCUUCUCACGGGCGAGUUGGAUCAGUCUCUAGAUCAGUACCCUGAGCUGAACAUAGAUUCUCUUUCAGUGCAGAUCCCUCUCUUUCACAACAAAUACCCCUGUAGCAGCAGUUGAGAGGCAGCAGAGGUCCUCAGGAGGCUUCCAGUGGAGGUGCGGGGGUUGUUUGACCAAGUUGAGGUGCUGAUCAGAAUUUUGUUUGUGGUGCCAGUGUGUUCAUGUGAGGCUGAGAGGAGUUUCAGUGCACUCCGCAGGUUAAAGACUUGGCUACGGGCCAGCAUGGGCCAAGAGAGACUGAACGGCGUAGUUGUCUGUAAUGUACAUAAAGACAGGCUGGACAGUCUCAAGAGGGAAAAUAUCUGCCAGCAAUUUGUUGGAUCCAUUGAAACCCGCAAACAUAUGUUCGGUUCUUUUGUGCAGUAGUGUGUAUAGCAGUGGUUCUCAACCUUUUUUGGGUACUGGAACCCCUGCAUAUUUUGAGGCAAGGCAGGCAAGGUUUUGAGCGGUCCUCAGGGACCUCCACCCCCUCUAUAUUAUAUGUAAACCUACUGGAAACCUUGUGGUACUGAAUACGUUCAUUACACUUUAUUUUAUUUCACGGACACCUUGCAAUUAGUCCAUGGAUCCCUGUUUGAGAACCCCUGGUGUUAUUGAUAUUUGUUAUUUUGUUUAGUAGUUUUCAGUUUUUAGUACAUGACAGUACACUUACAAAUUAUUAUUAUUAUUUCAUGUUAUUUUAUUUAAAAUUGCAUACUUUGUGUGACAUACUUGUCCAUAGCUGCUGUUUGAAGAGUUGAGACACUGACUGAAGGAUAUUUUGUUUGAUUUAUUUGGGUUUUUCAUUGAAGUAGUUAUUUUGCUUUUAGAACUGUACUUAUUUUAAGCUUUUUGUUCUUGUAAAGAUAUUGUAGUAGACUCAGGCCAGGUGCACAUAUUUAAUGACUAUAUAAAUGUAUCACAAAGUCAAAUUAAAAGGUCAAUUCAAUACGGAGACCAACUUUGUGAUGGUUCUCAAUGGAGAUUCUUUACGAUGAGAUCACACCAUGUUCAUUGUAUUUAUGAAAACUACUCCCAUACAGUGUACAGUACCAUUGCCGCCUAAUGGCCUUUCUUGAUAUUGCUGGUUGUAAGUACGAAUACCUGCAUACAUACUGGACUGAUAAGGAACACUGCUAUAACUAUUAUUAGUAGUAGUAUUAUAAUGAUUUAAACAAGUUGGGACAACCCUUCAGUUAACUACUGUACCUAACAAUUAUCCAGUAGUAGUGAUUAUGGUUCCUCAAUAUACAUUUAACAUAUUACAACGUAGGCUAUGUGUUGCAGCACUACUUUUGUUGUCCCCCUCAGGAAUUGCUCCUGAGAAAAUUUCAUGUAAUUGUCCCCUCCAAGGUUGAUAUCAGAUUUUCGCCCCUGCGUGACCAGUGAACUGAGAUAAGGCGGCACUUUACCUAGCAUAGCCUUGUAGAUGACCUGGAUCCAGUGGGUCUGACGACGAACAUGUAGCGAGGGCCAGCCGACUAGGGCAUACAGGUCGCAGUGGUGGGUCGUAUAAGGUGCUUUAGUAACAAAACGGAUGGCACUGUGAUAAACUGCAUCCAGUUUGCUGAGUAGAGUAUUGGAAGCUAUUUUGUAGAUGACAUCGCCGAAGUCGAGGAUCGGUAGGAUAGUCAGUUUUACUAGGGUAAGUUUGGCGGCGUGAGUGAAGGAGGCUUUGUUGCGGAAUAGAAAGCCGACUCUAGAUUUGAUUUUGGAUUGGAGAUGUUUGAUAUGAGUCUGGAAGGAGAGUUUGCAGUCUAGCCAGACACCUAGGUACUUAUAGAUGUCCACAUAUUCUAGGUCGGAACCGUCCAGGGUGGUGAUGCUAGUCGGGCGUGCGGGUGCAGGCAGCGAA